GUUGAUUUCUCUUAUGAUUUUCUUGUCUUUUGUAGGAUCUAUUCCGAGCACAGCUUUUGCCGAUAAAACAGCAGCCUUAGUCCCAGUAAUAGAAGAAGCGCGGAGCAAUUCCCAAAGCACUAUUAACUUACUCAAUUCCUUACAACAAACAACUGACCCUAAACUGAAGUCUAGAUAUACAAAUUGUAUCGGUUACUACAACCAGGUUUCCAAAUACCUUAUAGAAGCUGAAGGAUAUGCGAAGACUGGCUUAUACACUGAUGUUGGUCGUGCAGCUUCAAGUGCCCUGGAAAUGGUUCUGCAUUGUGAGGGAGAGUUUAAAGAACCACCACCUCAACCAUCCUCUCUUCAGCAGACGAAUAAUAAGGAGAGCUCUUUAUGCUAUAAUAUCUUUAAGUUAUCUGGAUCUCCGCCUUCAGUUGUUUAGCUAGCUUUUAUCGAUUUAUCUUCUAUAGAUAUGUCACAACAUAUAUAUUUGCUAGGUUAAUCAACUAAAUAAAAGCUUUCAACUCCUCUAAAAAAAGAAUAUAAAUGUCAUCUUUCUUU